AUGGAGCAGCUGCCGUUGGUAACUACGCUCACAAAAAGGGACCUAACGACGAAGCUCGUGCAGUUUUACGAACGCGCUAGCGACAGCCAUCAGGCUUCAUGGAAGAGCUUUUCGUGCUUCAAAUGCUUUUGGGAAUUCGGCAGCGAGGCCGAGUUAGCAGCCCAUAUGAAAACUACGCAUCCGAAAAACAAAAAGAAAGUGGUUCCGGCGAUGAACUUACUGUUGGCCGCGCCGUAUUGGGAGGAAUAUUUGGAGCGGGGCUUCUACAAGGGCUUUGUCGACCGCAUUUACCCGUUGGACGAGAAUGGCAAAGGCACCUACUUCUCUUACACCUCGUCGCUGGCAACGCCUAAGAUGACAAGGCGCUGGAAGCAUAUUCUGAGUCGCCAGCCCCAACCUGAUUAUGACAUUGCACUCAAGACGUUUUUCAUGUUAUUCCUGGACAAUGAGCAGAAUAAAUGGAAUUGCCUAUUUUGCCCGCACACAACACCCGUCUUCCGCGCUCCGUCGCUGCCGGUGAUGUGCGCGCGGGUGUUGAUGCACCUCGAGAAGCACCUUCGGUUUGGCGAGGUUGCCGGUGAAGCGGGCAAGAGCUUCUGGCAGGUGCCCGCGCCGUUCUGUGAUGUGCUCAAGGGUGUCAUUGAAAAUGAAUGGCAAAUCCUGAACUCGCAGACCGAAUACCCGUUCGACGAGCUCCGUCGCGGCGCCGACGAAGCGCUAGGCUCGGGGGAGAAUGGACGCACUUACCUCUACCACGUCGCACUGGACCGUGAGCACUGCCACGCCCUGAAAUUACCCCACAAUUAUUGGGGACUAUGCAAGUUUUGUGCGUGUGCCGUCAGCACGUCGGAAGAGGGAUGCCGGCAUUUCGAGAGGGACCAUGGGCGAAAACUCAAGCCCACGGCUAGCGAGUUUGCCCUUUGGCGAGGAGACCGGACGCCGCCCUUGGUCGACCGCAUCCUCGCCUAUACGUCAAUCCAAGAGGGAGACAAGCCGGUGAUGUGGGCAUGGCAGUGCCAAGUCCCUGGCUGUGACCUCGAGGGGCCGCGGAGUCACUGCGAAUCACCGUGGCUGUGGCACAUGCGCGCCUACGCGCUUUACCACCUCGAAAAAGCGCACGCGGGCCUCUUUUCGGAAGAAUUCUAUGACUAUGAAUGGCGGGUCGUGCACUCGGAAACCCCUCAUCGACAGGGCACCUACGAUUGGCGAGCACAAGGCGGUCAGAUACCGAAGGACAUAGCGGACCCGAACGGCUUUGUGCUGCGCUGCUACGGCAUCCUCGACACGCUUUUCGAGGGCUACAUCUGCAAGCGCUGCCUCUACAUCGCGCCCGACUGCGCGCCGUUCAUCCAGCACAUCUCGGAUCGACACGGAUUUUGUGGAGACGCCCUGACGUUGACGCCUGGCGCCUCGCUGCAACGCGCCGUACCCCGGACUGAACGGCCUCCCAAGGAGAAGCUCAAGCCGGGCUGGCAAGCUCGUCUGGCUUGCGAUCUGUACCCGCCGAAUGAACUCUUGGGCAAGCGCGAUUUGUGGAAAGUCCUUGCCGAAAAGUACAUCACGAUCCAGUCGCAAACGGUUGUCGAUUCGUUUGAUGCGCCCGACGACAAGCUCCAGGAUACGGUGUUGCCAGCCGAUCGCAACACCUCCGUCAACACGUCGCUCAAUAACUCCCUCAACUCAUCGCGAAAACGUGUUCAUUUCGGCUCCGGCAGCGAUGAGGACGAAGCGAGUGACGCCAAGAAACCGAAGCUGAUGGUGGAAGUUUUUGAAGACCCGAUCCUCAUCGGAUCCGAGUCGUCGGACAGCUCACAGGGAACGCUGCUCGACACGACAGAGGCCAAGUUCAAGUCCCCGAAAAUCACGCAGCUCGCUAAAAAGCCGACGAAGAAACCGGUGGCUCGCCUCGAAGAAACGGACGACGAAAUUUUUGAAGGGCUCAACGAGAAGGCUGACGAGAAAGACGCCGCCAGGUUAAAAAUGAUGAAAGCGGCUGCGGUUUACGACUUUCCCGAGAUCGCGUCAGAUGAGCUGCGCCGGCAGCGGUCCCACAUGCGCAUCCACAACACGUACACCUGGGAGGGCGCCCCACCACCGAAAUUGAGCGCAGACGCGAUGAUUGUUCAGAAUGCCAUCCUCACCGGAAAAACGUGUCCAAAAUGCAGGGGUCGCGGCGGGCUGAAGGCUCCGGAUAAGCAGGAAUUCCUACUUGCACAUAUGCUCCUGAACCACGCCGGGGCCAACUACGCCGAGGAAAUUAUCGACAACUAUCGUUACGCCUACUCGCAGAAGACGUUCGGCGAAGACGGUCCCCCACUUCCAUUCCAGUUGGACACCAUGAAUUCAGACCCUGGCCAGCUCAUCUGUUCCGCUUGCCCGUCCCUCAGGCGAACAUACAAGGGGCUUGGAGUGCUCAAAAAGCACUGGUCCGCGUGUACUCUGAAAGUCGACCCGGCUCUUCCGGUCAGCCGAAAGGUUUCAACUUCCGAAGUAUCCGCCGAAGAGGCAGCCACCAAUGCUCCACCCCAGCCAGUCGAAGAGGAACAGCAACGCUCCGAUCUGGAGCCCGAGGACGCCGACGCCGAGCUCUCCGCGUUCGAGUCGCCGAAAAAGCAGUCGCCGCGCAACGUUGACCGCCCGCAAAGCCAAACCGAAUCGAUGCGUGGCUCCCCGCUGUCCAACGACGGCGCCACGCAAGAGACGUUCGUGACGCCAAAAAAGAAGAAUCAAAAGAUUGACCUGCCGCAAAGUCCAACCGAAUCGCAGCGCGGCUCACCGGUUUUCGACGAUGGCGACCAGUCCACAUCAACAACUCCUAGCCAAAGUAAGAGCCGCACGCGACGCUCCACCUCCGUCCAGUCCCAGGGCCCCACCACUCCGGUGCGCCGAAACAGGGACUACACCUGCACGUUCUGCAACAAGAGUACGGGCAACCACACCGAGUGUGGGCUCCUACUGCACCUCAUUGGCCACCACUACGAUGAUGACAAGGGCAGAGAAGCGGCUCGUGAAUUGGGGAAGAAACUGGAUGCGGAGGAAGGAUUCCCCUUCGUCGACGUCAACGGCUCGUUUGAGCGAUCGGCAAAGGCUGCCGGACCAGUCUUUCAAUGCUCGGUAUGCACCGACUACCAGUCCACGCAUCUCUCCUACUUUGUCAUGCACACCCACAAGCACCUC